AGUUUUGGGCCAGUUGGAAGGCAAAAAUGCAAAAAGGAAGGCAGGGGUGGAGCUGUGUGUCUUUUUAUACUGGUUUGAGCUGCUUUGUUUCCACAGAUUGCAACACUACUCAGACAACCAGACCUGACUCAUUAAAUUGGGGUGUGGAAGAAGCUGAUCUUUUGCAGACUGAGAAUAGCAAACAAGACGUGACAAUGGCAAACUUGGGAAACUCCAGAUCCGAUUACUUCAUUUAUUAUGAAGGGAAUCAUGUGAGUUUAUCUGAUCUGAAAGCUGAAAAUCCAGACCACGGAUACCUGAGAAACAAAGUUCCCAUGUACCCUGAUUGUGUUUUCCAUGCAUCCAAUGUUUGUCAUGUAACUGAAAAGGAAGCCCUACAUGGAAUCUUGAAAGAUGAAGGAUUCCGUGGGAAUGAUAACUUUCUCUGGUGGGGUCUUUCAGUGACCGAUGAUGAUAUCGCCGAUGCUGAGGACAAUUUCCCGUGGCAAAGCCGGAACCAAAAUCCUUUCCUAGAAAAAUUCACUACUUCACCUGCAUUCCAGAGGGAAUCCCGUUAUGGCAACUUUCGCUUCACUUUUACUCUCAGAGAGCUUCUGCGUGAUUACAGCAAGCAGUUCUGCAAUAAAACUGCUCCAAUUCUGCGCAUUCUAGACACCAAGCUCUACAAGAAAGAGAUUGCAUAUUCAGUUGUGGUGCAUCCACGACAUAUAACACGCUAUAGGAAAUACCCUCGGUUACCCAUCGACAACAGAUUUUUGUGUGCGUACAGGAAAGGGUUCAUGUCAUGGAAUUGCCAGUCUCCCUCAGAUAACUAUGAAUAUCGCAUGAAAAUGAAUGAUGGUUUCUUUAAAAUCGAACCGCUGAUUAGGCCAAAAUAUUAUGUAUGGGAUAAUAUAGUCGUGGCCUUUCACAUGGAACCGUAUAGUGUACUGCAUGUAAGUCGUGAACGACUAUUUGAGAAGUUAAGUGUAUGUGAGACAGCUUCAAAAAAUUUGUUAAAAAAAAAAAAAAUGUCUUUCAGUGAGGCUGAGGCUGAGGUACAGGAAUUGAAAAACCAGUAUUUAUAAUCACAGGCAGUUUGCCUUGCUUCUAUAGUUUCACAAACGUUUGUGGAAUUCUAACCGAUAUACCGAGAGCUUUUCAUUAAAAUCUAAAGGUAUGUCUAAAUUAAAAAAAAAUAUGCCACAGCAUUGUAAUAUUCUGAAUUCUCAAAGAUUAAGAUUAAUUUUUAAGACACAGAAAAUUAGAGAGUGGUGCAGGCUGAAAUUCAGAUGACGUUUAUAUGAAUACAUUUUUGUUAUGCGUAGGAUUGUUGAUACCGUGAAGCUUUGUGUAGAAAGGUCAUUGAGGUUAUUUUAUUAUUUUUUUUACUGAAAGAAGUGUUCGGUGUCAGUGCUGUUUAUAAUGCUUAGAAAGUUUUCAUGCCACAGGUGACAUGAGAAAAGACAAUCUGUUUUCUUAAAAUAAUGUCCACUAGAUGGCUGCUGUUGAAGCCCUUUAAUAUUUUGAACAUGCAAAUCCUUCAUAAAUGCUUUGUUAUAUUCCUAACAUAUAGAUCAGAUACUUUAUUUAAUUUGUUACUUCAAGUGUUUUUGAUAGCAUUGUUUUUGUAUCCUAAAAAGUCAAUUUGUUCUGUUCAGUUCUGUUAGUUUUGUUGCCCACUGAUACAAAAAUGCAAUAAAAGUUAUGAAAGGAAUUUUUUAUGAA